GCCUAGGUGGUAGCUCGUAUGCGUGUGUGAGUGCGUGCUGUCGUGCGUCUCGGCUUCGGGAGGCUCUGCAACUCCGUAGGAUUUCCAAAGGGGCGACGGACUCUUAGGAUGACGGACGCAUGAUCUCGAAGCGACAGACUUCGGCGGUGCAUGUGUGAGUGAGUGCGUGGUGACACAGGGUAAUACUGCGGCGAGUCGUUCUUCUAGUCGUGCGGUUGCGUCCCGGGAAGAAGACCCUCCGUAGGAUCACACCAGCGCUUUGCGUGGAUCUUUCUGGGGGCUCAUGAUUCUGCCCUGCCGCAACAACAGUCCACUGCACGAUACUUCAAAUCAUACCAUGGGCCAAAUGGGAAUACGAAACACUCAAGUGCUGUUUAUCGAUGCGCUUUGCCAAAGCAGCCACCUGGACCUACUCAUGGGCUACCACUCGGCCUACCAGGGUCCAUUUCUCAAGACACAAAACUUCAUCCUGAAGAGUGAUGGGCCACUCCCAUACGACCAAAGACAUUACAUCGCAAUCAUGGCAGCAGCAAGGCACAACUGCACCUACCUGGUGAACAUGCAGCGGGAAGCAUUCCUGUCUCCGGAUGUUGCGGGGGACAAAUCGUGGCUCCAGGGCUUGGACUGCAUUCCGAAGAAGUUGAGGGACCUAGACGAGAUCAACAAGAUCCUUGCUCACCGCCCUUGGCUUAUAACAAAGGAGCACAUAGAGAAGUUAACCAAAGGGAAGAACAACUGGUCCUUAUCGGAGGUAGUGCAGGCCAUCGUGAUCCUUGCCCACUUCCAUGCGCUGUCCAGUUUCGUGUUUGGUUGUGGCAUCAACACCGACAUGGAGGAGGAGACGAAUGGAACGACAGUCUACAGUGCCAACGGAGACUCUGGAGUGCCAGCUAUGAAGAAUGGGCAUACCACUGUAGAGACCAUCAUGGAGAGGAUGAAGAACAUCUCUGAAAAACGCUACAACGAGCUAACGUUAGAGGAGAGGGCUCGCUGCUUCAACACAGAAUGCAACGGUGGCGAACUCCUGGCAGCUCGGCGCAGCAUCCCCAAGAGUGACUUGUCUCAAUUCAUCACGGAUGCUGACUUUGGCUACCAGGACUUUUCCCGGAGGGGAGUCUCGGAAAUUCCAACAUUCCGGAUACAGGACUACUCCUGGGAAGAUCAUGGCUACUCCCUUGUCAACCGGCUAUACAAUGACGUGGGGGAGCUCCUCAACGAGAAGUUCAAAGUGGCCUACAACCUCACCUACUACACAAUGGGGAGCAAAACAAAUGUGGACACAUCCAUGUUCCGGAGGGCAGUCUGGAACUACAUCCAGUGCAUCUACGGCAUCAGGCACGACGACUAUGAUUACCGGGAGGUCAACGAACUCUUGGACCGGGACCUGAAAGAGUACAUCAAGGCUGUGUGCUGCUAUCCAGAUCGCAUGACCAAAGAGGACUAUGACAAUGUCAUGAGGGAGUUCAAGUACGCCGAAAAGGUGCACGUAACAAUCAUGAUUCUGGAGGCACGCAUGCAAGCCGAACUUCUCUAUGCACUGCGGGCGCUCAUGAGGUAUAUGACGUGACUCGUCCAGCAAGCGGCCAAAAUGGGACUCCCGUUACUAUCUCUGCGUGCGCGUGCACUCUCUUGAGGCAACGUUCGCCCCCCUGAUACUUCUCGCCCCCACCUUGACGCGAGGCGGCCGGACCCCUCGAUCGAACAUGGGGAAGAAGAGACUCUCUCCGUUCUGCGACAUCUGCUACUGUCGUCUUCUAGGGAACUUUUAGAAGAAUUGAGACCCACCGUUUCUUCAAUCCUCCUCUGCUGCUGUUACAUGACUGGUGGUGUGUUAUCGUCGGAAUGAACCAAUGUGCACCCCCACUCCCCUUCCCCCCCAUUCAUAUGUUCAUCUACUGUACAUUCUAUUUUGUUUGUUUUUCGUGCAUACUCUCGAAGCCUCCCAAGGACACUUUCCCAAAUGCAUACACAUCUUCUUGUGGUUUGUUUUUAUCAUUUCUCGGCAAACUGUGAGCACACUGCUUGUCUUGCUGCAUGCGGUGUGUGCAGAUCAUUUCCUAAUUUAUUUGUUCUAUCAAAUGUGGGUAGGGGCGGGGUUUGUGGAAGUUCAAAGCUAAAAAAGGGUGGUUAAAUACUCCUCCUGUUGUGUUGCUUUUCUUACCGUAAGAUGUUUUUUUUUUUUCUUGUGCAUUACUGAAAGUGCUGUUUUUAGUUCUUUCUUGUGUUAGGUACGUAGGUUCUUUAGAUUUACCAUUACAUACUUGCUAAGAACACACUUCUAUGUGAAGACGGCUGUUUUCUUUUUUACUUUAUAAACGUUUCUCGAGUUAGUUUUAAUGUUUCCAGAAAAUGCAUCAGAGUUUCUUUUAUGCGUUUAUUGCUUUUGUUUAGCAGGUUCCUUGCUAAAGGAAACGUUCUGGAAGACUAGGAAUGGUGUGGGUUGUUCCACAGUAUAGUUUUUGUUUUAACUUCCACAAAUGUUUAAGAAACGUGCUGUAGUUCGUCAUUUCAGCGAAGUGGCGAUAGGCCAAAUUUGUGUACCUUACUUGGAAGCAUGGAACCACGUUUGCUGCCUCCAUUCCUUUACCAUAAAUUUGGUUUUGUGUGUGCAAGUUUUGGCGGCAUGCAAAUGCAGCGGAAAUCGAAUCUUGGUGGAGUUCUGAGCCAGGUUUUUCUAUUUUUAAUGUGGCAUCUGGCUAAUGAGAUGGCUUUAUUCAUGCUGAACUGAAACAGUGUUGGUAAUGAAUGCCUGCUUUAACUUGUAAAAGCAUCUUGAGUUGCAGCUAUAUACGGGCACAGACAAGUACUACUGUUCACGUAUCUGGUGGUAGCUUUUCUUUUUCCUUAUUUAUUCUUUGAAGCAUUCUUACCUCAUGCUUCUUGCAGCCCAAAAUUCCAUUUUUUUUGCUUUUUUUUUCUGGCAACAGAACUCUUCCUGUCGGUUGUUCUGCAGUCACUGGUUUUGUAGCGUUGGCAAUAAAAUGCCAACGGUUGGCCUGGAUACUUUUCAGGGCAGUUGGGAGGAGGACUUAAAAAAAACUUCUGCCUUUGACUCUCUCGUGUUGCCUUUCUGUUUUUGUCAGCGUGGAGAUUUGCGUGGCUUACGUGUGCAAAGCUGGCAAACCUCGCCAAUAAGCUACACGCUUUCACGUCUACUUAGCUUUUAACUAUGGUUUUUCUCGAUGUGUGUAACCGAUUGGUGUGCUAAUUCAGGAGAGUCCCACCUGCAGUUCUAGGUAAUAUGCAAUUCUGUCCGUGACGCUACCUGUUGUCUUAGAAGCUGGUGCAGUGUGUAGUAGGAACUCUGUGUCGGGAUGUUGUUUACCGUAGCCUCACACUUUAACAAUGUUUACACGAACUGCCUUCGUGCUUGCUUCAGCAAUGUCUCCUUGUUACAGGCACGUGUCUGCCAGAAACCUAAGUGAGCCUUAGCCUUGUUCCACUUCUGUUGUAAGCCGAACCGGGUGAUACGGAAGUAGCGAAAUUGGUUAAGUCUGAACUGCCCUACCUUAAGUGGGGCCUUUUGCCGAUUAGUUUGGGAAGCUCAGCAGAGCACCUGGUUUUAGAAGCACAGAAACCUUCAGCUGUGGGACCUUCUAUGCCUAUUGUAUUCCUUCUUCUGUCUUAAAAACGCAAGCUUGCAAUCCACAACUGUGCAAAUGCUCUCCCCUCCUUUUGUUUGUCUUCGAACUGCUGUGCUCAUGCUGUGAUAUGGUUGCAAAAAAUACUUCCUCCCACCUCACAUGAAAGGUACAUGGAUGCGGAUACCCAGUACAGUUCUUAAUUUAACCAGCUUUUUUUUGUCUAGUCCCGACUGUGAUCUCCACUUUUGACGACCGCUGCUGCGCGUGCGGGCAUCUUAUCAAGAGAUGAUGAAGCUGUCUGAAAAGUUUGUAUAUUUUGUUAGCAAUUAAAUGGUCGCCCUCUGCGCCAUCUCAGAGAUCUGGAGCUCCUUUUUUAUUGUGUGCAGAUCGAUGAACACGGUUUUAUAGGUGACAAUAAAUUGCGUUUACAAGCCUA